AUGGCGUUUUCAGCGAUUUUACGGCGGUGUCUGAUUUUAGGUGUGAAAUUUUGUCAAUCGGAAACACUUGGAAGUGAAAAAUUAAUGGAAGUUUCAUCUUCUUCCCAACCUAUGAAGAAGAGUCGUAAAGGACCAAGGUCAAGAAGGAUUGUGAAAUACAAGUGUAUCUGGGUAGUUCACAAACAGCCUAUAAGUUUCAAAAGUAAUGAUAUGAAAGAAUAUGGUAUUAACUACGAAAUGAAUCCUUCUACUGUUGUUGAAGUGCCUAAUUGCAGCUGGGAAGAUAUCGGCGGUCUUGAAAAUAUUGUUCAAUAUCCAGUGGAAAACCCUGAAAAGUUUGAGAAAUCUGGCACGUCCCCUUCAAAGGGAGUUCUUUUCUAUGGUCCUCCUGGUUGUGGUAAAACACUUUUGGCAAAAGCUAUUGCCAAUGAAUGCCAGGAAAACUUCAUCAGUAUCGAAGGUCCUGAGAUGCUCACAAUGUGGUUUGAAGAAAGUGAGAGAGGUAGUAGUGUAGGAGAUGUUGGGGGUGCAGCUGACAGGGUUUUGAACCAGCUGCUAACAGAAAUGGAUGGGAUGUCAGCAAAGAAAACUGUGUUCAUUGUUGCUCUUGCAAAGUACACCCAAGGGUUUAGUGGUGCUGAUAUUACUGAGAUUUGCCAGCGUGCAUGCAAGUAUGCCAUUAGAGAGAAUAUUGAAAAGGGAGCAACUGACCAGAAACUUUCUAAUGGAGAACUCGCCAACAAGAUCGAGAAAAGUAUUGAAAGUGAUAGUGUGAACAGGGAAGUCAUGGAUGUUGCCAGGGUAUUAAUGGGGUUUAUUGUUGCAGUUUUUCAAGUCCUGCACAAAACAACAAGACUAAAGAGAGAAAAAUCAGCUAGAAUUAGCCCUACAUUGAAGGAGAGUGAUGUUCUCAAAACUGUUGGUGUGCUUGAAGAUGUGGCAGCUGUUGUUGUGGCUUACAAACAUUACAGAAGGUCAGGCUGA